AUGUCUGACGUCAUAUUUGAUGACAUGUUUAUGGUUAAAAACAUCGACCCUGAUGGCAAGAAGUUUGACAGAUGCUCACGGCUCUUCUGCGAUUCCGAAUCGUUCAGUAUGGAACUGAUACUGGACGUCAACACCCAAAUUUAUCCAGUCAAUCUGAACGACAAGUUCCGCUUGAUGAUUACCACUUCAGUUCGCGAUGAUGGAAUGCCUGAUGAAGGCGAAUACGAUCCCUUGGUUAGUUUUUCUUUUGUUAUAGGUAUUGUUUUCAAUUUUGUUCAUCCACCAUGUACUCAUAAACAGUGA